UUUUUUUAAUUUUCAGCAAAAUGUAUUUUGAUUUUUCCUUUUUAUUUAACGAAUUAUUACAUAUUUUAUUAAUUAUUUUCUUGUCAAUUGGACCUCUUUGUUUUUACUUUUUGUUGGCAAUUUUCUCUCACAAAUUUCUCAAAAAACGUUUUUCAACCUAAAUUAAUUCAAAAACUGAACAUAAAUUUGACAAAAAAGUUUUUUUAAUUUAAAAUAAAUUUUAAAUUUUAUUUUUGAAGGAAUUAUUAAAUGCUUUUUUAAUUUUUAAAUCAACAAAUAAUUGGCAAAAUAAUAAAAGAAUUGAAGAUGCUUUGAAUUUAGCUUUGCAAGAUAAUUCUGAAAUAUUUUUUAGAAUGAAUUUAAAAGAAUGCCCAAUUUGGAAAGAAAAUGAAUUGCCUAAUGAAUUUAUCGAAAAUGUUAAAAUUUUGGAGAAAAAUUAUAAAAUGAUUGUUAAAGAAAUGGAAAAGGCAUUUAAAAGUGGACAUCUUUGGAUUAAAAAUGAAAAUAUUCACACCAAAACUAGUUGGUUUACUUAUUUUUUGAUUAAAGAUGGAAAUUGGCAAAAGGAAUGUUGUAAUGAAUGUCCAGAAUUGGUUAAAUUGUUGAAGGAAUUUGAUGAAGAUUAUUUAUUAAAUAAUUGUUCUUUUGGAAACGUCAAUUUUUCCAUGUUGCCCGCAAAUUCAGCAAUUCCUGAACAUAUUGGGACAACAAAUGUUAGAUUAAGAGUUCAUUUUGGGUUAGAAAUUCCUUGUGGAAUUGGAAAAGAAAAUUGUUUUAUGAAAGUUGGAAAUGAGAAAUUUCAUUGGACUGCUGGCAAAUCAACAAUAAUCAACACUUCUUUUUUACAUUCUGUCUCGUCUGUUGGAUGUUCUGAAGACAGAAUUGUUUUAAUUAUUGACUUUUGGCAUCCAGAAUUGACUAAAGAAGAAAAGGGAUUAUUAAAAAAUAUAUUUCCUCCAAAAAGUAUUUUUUAA